GGCUUUACAAUCGGGGGAUGACGUGGUGGGAGCGGCAGUUGGUGUAGUCGCCUGGAUCGCAGCCUGUGCACAGCUGAACACUGUGAAAUGUGAGGACAAGGGGUGCUGUGUUGCACCCAUUUGACAAAACACCCGUUCCGAGACAUGAGCCUAUAUUACUCGGCACACAGUUCAAAAUACCAGAGACAAAAUACCAGAAACGAUUGUGCCUGUGAACAUGAUGAGCAGGUCAUAUUUGGCUCCCUCUCCCGAUCCAUACGAUUGUAAAAUAGGAAGUCUCGUUAGUUGGGUGCAUUUCUGGGAGGGGGAAGUUAGGCGGGAGGUGUAGUAGCGAGUUUCGGAAGAGGAAUAACUGGAGUUUUUCUUUUUAAAAACUGGAGAUUUGAAAAACAUUUGACAGCUUGGGCUUGCUGUGCGCUGGCGUGGGUGCCUGCGGGGAGAGGGAGAACAUGGCCGGGAAUUGCAACAAUGUAACAACAGGAACGGGCGAAAUUAUUCAACUUAAUGUCGGUGGUACAAGGUUCAGCACCUCCAGGCAAACUCUCAUGUGGAUUCCUGACUCUUUCUUCUCAAGCUUGCUGAGUGGCAGGAUAUCCACACUACGGGAUGAAACUGGAGCCAUAUUUAUUGACAGGGACCCCACAGCAUUCGCACCGAUUUUGAAUUUCCUCCGUACGAAGGAACUUGACCUACGGGGAGUGAACAUCAACAUUCUGCGACAUGAAGCAGAGUUCUACGGGAUAACACCAUUAGUGCGGCGGUUGCUACUGUGUGAGGAGCUGGAGCGGUCGUCGUGCGGUAGCGUGCUUUUCCAUGGUUACCUGCCCCCUCCAGCCAUUCCACCCCGUAAAGAAAGCACCUCCCCCACCGCGGCUGCCCCAGGCCUGGAGGAGCGAGCGGUACCGGGCGGGGCCGAGGGCGGCCUCCCCAGACCCUGCCCGCACCCCUCCGUCCACGGCCCCCCUGGAGGCGAGGACCUCCAGAGACUGGGGUCACCUGUAGACCCCAGGAAAGUGCUUAUUGUUGCCGGUCACCACAACUGGAUUGUUGCAGCAUAUGCACAUUUUGUCAUCUGUUACAGGAUAAAAGAAUCAUCCGGAUGGCAGCAGGUGUUCUCCAGCCCUUACCUGGACUGGGCGAUCGAGCGCGUGGCGCUCAAUGCGAAGGUGGUGGGCGGUCCCCAUGGAGACAAGGAUAAGAUGGUUGCCGCGGCAUCGGAGAGCAGCAUCAUCCUCUGGAGCAUUCAGGACGGAGGCAGCGGGAAUGAAAUAGGUGUGUUCAGUCUAGGGGUGCCAGUGGACUCUCUGUUCUUCAUUGGCAGUCAGCUGGUGGCCACCAGUCACACAGGGAAGGUGGGGGUGUGGAACGCUGUCACCCAGCACUGGCAGGUGCAGGACGUAGUGCCCAUCACCAGCUGUGACACUGCUGGAUCCUUUCUGCUGCUGGGAUGCAGUAACGGCUCCAUUUAUUACAUUGACAUGCAGAAAUUCCCUCUGAGAAUGAAGGACAACGACCUCCUGGUGACGGAGCUGUAUCACGAUCCCUCCAACGAUGCCAUAACCGCCCUGAGCGUCUACCUCACCCCUAAAACCAGUGUGAGCGGGAACUGGAUCGAGAUCGCCUACGGGACCAGCUCGGGGGCGGUGAGGGUCAUCGUGCAGCACCCCGAAACCGUGGGGUCGGGCCCUCAGCUGUUCCAGACCUUCACGGUGCACAGGAGCCCCGUCACCAAGAUCAUGCUGUCCGAGAAACACCUGGUCUCAGUGUGCGCCGAUAACAACCACGUGCGCACGUGGACGGUGACCCGCUUCAGGGGCAUGAUCUCCACCCAGCCCGGAUCCACCCCGCUGGCCUCCUUCAAGAUCCUCUCCCUGGAGGAGGCAGAGAGCCACGGCAGCUACUGCUCCGGGAACGACAUCGGCCCUUUUGGAGAGAGGGAUGACCAGCAGGUGUUCAUUCAGAAAGUCAUCCCAAUAACCAACAAGCUAUUUGUGCGCCUCUCUUCAACUGGCAAAAGGAUCUGUGAGGUGCAGGCGGUGGACGGCACCACCAUCACCUGCUUCACGGUGCGGGAGUGUGAGGGCUCCAGCCGCAUGGGUUCCCGGCCGCGCCGAUACCUCUUCACCGGACACGGCAACGGCAGCAUCCAGAUGUGGGACCUCACCACCGCCAUGGACCUGGCCAACAAGACUGAUGACAAGGCCAAGCGCGAAGCCGAAGUGGGCGGUCCCACAGAGGAGGAGCUACUGAAGCUGCUGGACCAAUGUGACCUCAGCACGUCCCGCUGUGCUACGCCCAACAUCAGCCCCGCCCCGUCGGUCCUGCAGCACAGCCGUCUGCGGGAGUCCUGCUCCAGCCUGCAGCUGCAGGCUCACGACCCCAUCCCGGAGACGGCCACCUACGGGGCCCUGCGGCCCUACAGAGAGAGCCCCCUGCUGGCUCGAGCCCGCCGCACCGAGAGCUUCCACAGCUACCGCGAGUUCCAGAACACUCUGGGCAAGGGCCUGCUGGAGCUCAACGGCCAGACCGCCACGUCGCCGGGGGCAACCUCCGCGGGGGAGACCAGGCACUCGCUGGGGGAGGGCGGCGACAACAACAACGGGGAGAAGAGGGAGCUGUGGGUGGGGCGGGAGAACCUACCGCCUCCCCCCGACAGUCCCGGCGACACCCGGCGGAAAGCCCCUCCCCUGGAGGAGGAGACGGGGGCGGAGUCCCGGCAGGAGGCCAGGAAGAAGGGGGCCUUCGACGGGGGCUUCCUGGCCCGGAAGAGGGGCCCUCCGAUUCCCCAGCUGGCCUCCCUGCCCUCCAGCGUGGACACGGCCGGGAGCGACUCCUCCGGCACGGCCUCCCCCUCCCCCACCAAGGUGUCCACGUCCCCCCGCCACAGGAGGGUCACAGACCCCCCGGGACAGGAGUACAGCCUGUAACCUCGCACACACUACCUUUUUACAAAAAAAUCUUUGUACAACUUUCCAUUCCCUGUAUAAUUGAGCAGGCCCAAACACUUUGUAACCGUAGUCUGUACCCUUCGCUGCGACGGUAGCCAUUGAUUUGGGAGGGUGCCUAGUAGCGCAAGUGCUAUCGAAAAUGCACAUGCAAAAGCUGCUGCUUUUGAUUCUGCCAUCCCGCUGUGACUGCAGAACAGGCUAGCGGGUUGCAGGCACUCGGUUGACCACAGGAGGCGCCGUUGAGUGAAGGAGUAGGGGGUGGGGGGCAAAGGGGGAAUUUCCUGCCAAAUGAAAACACUAAAAACACCAUGAAACACUACCUUCACAACCUAAUACACUACUACAGCACUCGUCUCUUCAAACCAGACCUGGGUCCAAUAGGUCAUUGUUUCGGAUUCAAAUGCUUUUCAGUGCUUGAUUGAUACUGCCUGACGCAAGUGAGCCAACCAAGAGGACCAGAAGGCAGGGUUUGCACUUUUUGAGAGUAUGCAAUAGGUUUCAAUACACCAGACACAAGAAAAGUAUUCAAAUCCAAAAUGUUUGAGUGUUUGACCCAGGUCUGAUUCAAACUCAAACACUGCGGAGUGCCGUUUACACUGCUGAUAGGUGCUAGUCAGGGGAGGAUAACAGAGGACUGUCUUUUCCCUUGCUCCUAUCUAUUUACCUGUGUUCAACAUCUAGUUUUGUUCUGGUUAUUUUUGAUUCACGCCUGUCUAAAAAUCUCUCUGGCUGCUGACUGUGACCAUAUGCUGCUUGAGCGUGCAACAGUCACAUGCUAAAACAGGAAUGAAACCUUAACAGAGUUUAAACUUGUGGCACCGAAGGGAGGUGUGUAAGUGAUAGAGGGGGUAGGGAUGAAAACUUUAUUUAAUAAUUAUCCUGAAGCUGCUUCUUUUUUUUUUGGAAGACCUGUUGGCAGUGUUAGCAUUAGCACAUGAUCCCAUUAUAUAUUUUUAUUUUAUUACACCUGUUAAUGCAGUUCUGUGGUGUAGGGGCUAAGCACACUGCUGUCGCCCCAGUAUGUCCAGGACUCAAUAUAUGAUUAAUCGGAAGCUUUUCUCAAAUUAUUUCCACCCCAUUAUACAGACACAUUUAAGCCAGUGUCAUCCCUGGUAUGGGCCUGUCCUGUUUACCACUUUGCUACAGCUGGGCAAAAUAUUCUUUGAUAUCUCAUUCCUUGGUGCUACCACAAAUUCUGACCUGAAUAGGCAACAUAUGUUCUGCUUGUGUUUUUUUUUUUUGUUUUUUUUCUUUAAGAUGCUUGUAUUUAAACCUGCCAUGUGUAAAUCCUAAAUCACAGGGGGAUAGUCUUAUUUUGUCCUCUGUUUAUAUGUCCUGUCCAUACUUCCAAAGUUCAGUGCCUUUUUAGAAAAAGUAAUAGUACUACAGUAGCUAUUAUUGUCAUCGCUACCGUUGCUUAAAGAGAGGAGUUAAACCAAAGUGAGCUGCUUAUGUAUCCAUAAGGCCUGAGCCCAGUUCUGCCUGUUACAUGUGGUUAGGUUUUCUUUUUUGAAGACUUGCAAUGUGCAACAUCAAGUUGAGAGAGUGAUGAAAUGGCUGGUCUCUGUAAAUAGCGUAAUACUGCUUCGCAUUUUAUUUUUGUUAUUCAUGCAGACCCAUUUACUGCAUACAAAACUUAACGUGUAUGUUCUGUGCUUUGUACUUUUUAUGUCAUCAACACUACAUGCAGUUGUAGGCUAUAAUAUUUAUAUUGAAUUGAUCUACAUUUUAUUUGCACUCCUAAUAAGAAAAUAUAUAAAAUAGUAUUUACUUUUUUAUUAUCAGAUAUUUGACAAACAGGAAACGGGACAUUGCAAACAGGAAAUCCCACCUCUUUAUGUCCUGCCAGUCACAACUCUGGCUAUGUUUACAAUGUCAGUCCGACCAAGAAAAGUGAAUGGUUUGUGCAUAAAAAUAUAUUUAUGCUGCUUAUAACUUUUGUACAGCAUGUGUAUAAAGUGUGGUGUUUAUAACGUGGCUUACUGUUACGAUUCGAUAUAUGGACAAGUUGGCAAUUAAUUUGAGUUCUCUAUGAGGUUACAACAUGAAGGACGGAGAUAAAGUCAGUCAUUAAGAACAUGGAUUUGUAGUGCUUUGACAAGUAAUAUCCACACGUCUCACAACUGAAUGUGGCAUCCCUCAAAACAUGCAGAAUAAUUAUUGAACCCAGUAGGGGCUAUAUUGAUUCAAAUCUGAGCAAUUCUUCUUUUACUCAAAAAUCAAUUGUAGCUCGUCGCCCAUUUAUGCCGUGUGGCAUAUACGGCCAGUGGAUUAUGGCCAUGGUGCUACUCAGCCAGAACUGCCAGAAUUCAAAAUGAUAUUAUAUCUACCCCCCCUCCCCGAAGAGAGGAAGCACCUUUUUUCUGUGUCUCUAUACGGAGUGCAACUUUAGAUUUGGAGAAGGCUCAUCAUGUAGACUGAGAACAGAGGGUAUAUCUUGUAAAUAUAUAUAUUUUUGGUAACUCUAUUCUGUGAAUAUUCUUUGUCAGAAGGAGGGAGCAUGUGGUCGUGUGUCAGAGAGAGACUGCACUACAUAUCACCUCCUGAUGUGUGUGAGCAAUGCUUGCUUGUUUCUCCCAAUUCUUUACGUUAUGUUGCUGCUUAUAAGUGGUGCCAUUUAAAGGGCAUAAACAAGGAAACAAUAUUUUUUGCCUAAUAUUCUAAUCGAUUUUUGGUUGAAAACAUGCAUUUACUUUUUUCUUUGACAAUUGCUGCAACAUGUUGCCGCAAGCUCCUAACAUUGCUCACCUCAACAUGGAGUCUGUGUGUCCCACACCACCUGGUACAAGUGUCAGGGUGAGGUUCAUCAACCAGUUCAUUUGGCAGUUGCAGUCAACUCUAAACCACCUGUUUUAUCCACACUUGCAAAAAAACUGACCAAAUAUGCAUUUCAUAGUUCAUAUUUCAUUGUUCAUAAACUGGAAUGACUAAUUCCAACUUUGUCUCAUCCCUGCAGUGUCCUGUUGGGUUGUGUGUUCUAUGCGUCUUCUGAAGCACAUACAGUAGGCUUGAAUAAUGUUCCUCACAACAGUUUGGCCUCUUGCAUUGCAUUGACUGCCAGCUAGUUUAAAUGGGAAGGUACUGUACUGCUACACCUGGGAGUCCACAUAUAAUUGGACUGUGAGGUUCCGGUCAAAUCAAUUACAAAUUAAAUGAAAAUGGUCAACAUUGAAGGAACUCCUCUUUUACUGUCUGAGUUAGCAGGGUAAUGAAAGUGGGUGGUAAUGGUCACUGUGUAAGUGGAUGAUGGAAUGUACCAACUGUGAUCUCGAGAAAUGCAUUGGAAGGAGCUUUGGAACACAAAACAAUUGCUAACUGCCAUCCUCACUAACCUCCAAGUAAAAUCAAUUACAUGAAGAAUGACUGGAGUUUUGCUUCCUGUGUUGUUUACUGAAUGUUACACUUAAAGGUUUGACAAUAAAUGAGAUGAUGGCAAUGUCCGGCAACUGUUGGAA